UGGGGCCCCCGGGCAAUAGGGGAUCAUGGGGCCCCUGUGUCCUUGUCCAAACUCAAAAAAGCCUAUGAAAGAGUAUGCACAUUCCAUACCUAUAGGAUCCCUGUAGAAGCAGAAAAUUGCUGUAGCAGCUGCUGCUACUCCAGUGAUCCUCACAGUCUUUGGGGUCCUAUCAGGGGCGGACUGACAACUCAUGGGGCCCCUGGGCAAUAGGGAUCAUGGGGCCCCUGUGUCCUUGCCCAAACUCAAAAAAGCCUAUGAAAAAGGUACCAGGGGCAUCUCAUGGGGCCCCCUACUGACCCUGGGCUCUCGGGCAGUGCCCGAGUUUCCAAAUAGUCAGUCCACCCCUG